UGUGCCAUUAGCUAAGGCAACGAAAGAGUGAAAAUGACUGCCCGUGUGUUCAUCUCUCUGUGUCUUGUGGCCACGGUGGCCCUGGCGAUGCCGCAGUAUGACCAGCAGCAGCAGCAGCAAGCAAACACCGGGAAGCAGCUGCAGGCCCAGCCGAUGAUGCCCAUGAAUUACGACUUCCAGUGGGAGGUGAACAACCAGGAAUACCAGAACUACUACGGCCACCAGGAGGCCGCUGUUAACGGCCGCGUUGACGGCUCCUACCACGUGUGGCUCCCCGACGGCCGCCUCAUGAAGGUUGAGUAUUACGUGGAUGGAGACUCCGGUUUCGUUCCUACCAUCACCUACGAGGACGGCUACGCACCCAACUGGGGCAACUCUUACUUCAACAGAAGGUAGAUCUUAAGUGUCUCGCCCCUCCUCAGUGACGACCUCCUCGUUCUUCAUGUUCUGGAAUGUUCCUCUGUGUACAACCGCGGCAAGUCGUUGCACGCACACGACUACGGGCAGCGGCGGAGGAAAUCAACAGCGUCCUUAUCUUAGGCGAUUGUGUGUACCUCUGCUGGGCCCUGACUUUUGCUUUUGGCUCUUGACUGGGAUGUUGUGGUGUGCGUGCGUACUGAGUCUCGUUUCGUGUGCUAACAUAUUAUUGUUUCUUUCUACACGUUAUUCAGGUUUACUGGAAAAAAUACGAGGCUGUAUGCACAUAUUCUGAACGUCCGGGGUUGAUUUCCUUUGUCUUUCAAAUUUCGAAAAUUACUAUGGUGUUUUUUUUUUUUUUUUUUUUAUCAAACACAUAAACUAAAUGAUGUCAAUUACUGACAAUGGUUUAUCGGUAUUUCAAACUCUGUAUCAUCUCUAUCUAUCAGAAUGUAAAAUCAAAAUUAUAAUAAACGUGAUUACAGUAU